CACUUGUUGCGUUCCGGUUCUCCAUUUCAGACGCAUUUGAGUCAUCUUCAGUGAGUGCUGCUGAUUGUCACAAAUUGAAGAAAUUAGACUAUUUUUCUAACAAUAAUAAUUUCUAAUCGUUUAUACCAAGUGAAAUAAAAAUGUCGAGACCAGGCGAUAGACCGAACCAAGCCCAAACAUACAAAUUGGUCGUCGUCGGCGGUGGCGGUGUGGGAAAAAGUGCAAUCACAAUACAAUUUAUUCAGAGCUACUUCGUGACAGACUAUGACCCCACCAUCGAGGACAGCUACACCAAGCAGUGUGUCAUUGAUGAUAUACCAGCUAAACUCGACAUCUUGGACACAGCAGGCCAAGAGGAGUUCAGUGCGAUGCGGGAACAAUACAUGAGGUCCGGUGAGGGUUUCCUCCUGGUCUUCUCCGUGGCUGACCACGCCAGCUUCGACGAGCUCUACAAGUUCCACAAACAGAUCCUACGUGUCAAAGACAGGGACGAGUUCCCGAUGCUUCUCGUUGGCAAUAAGGCAGAUUUGGAAAAUCAGAGAGUGGUAUCACUGGAUGAGGCACAGGCUUUAUCGCGUCAACUCAAAGUCCCAUACAUUGAGUGCAGUGCGAAAGCCCGUAUGAACGUUGACCAGGCUUUCCACGAGCUCGUUAGACUAGUCCGCCGGUUCCAAGAGGCAGAACGUAUCAACAUCAAGUCAGACUACGGCAGUGGCAAAAAGAAAAAAUGCACCAUCCUGUAACACAUAUUACAUCUGUGGUGAGAUUUGUACAAUUCUACAUUCAAAGUUCGCGCCGUUCCGAUGACAGAUCAUAUUUUUUUCUGCAAAGAAAACUUUUUUUUUUAUUUCUAGAGAUGUACUUGCUAUCUAUGGCGGGUUAGUCGACUACCAAAUCCAAUUUUUGGAAUAGCUUUAAUUUUAAAAAUGUUUUAGCUUACUCUUAAGCUAAAGUCGGUGAUUAGAUAGUUUGUACAUUCUUAAUGAAAUUAUUCAGGUUGUAAUAUAAUUUAUAUGUAUCGAUACAUCUCCAUGUACGUCUACUUCACUAGUAUAUAAUGCAAACAAACAGUGUUCUUAUUUUUAUAUUUAUUUUAGUUCUUAAGCAUUAAUUGCUUUAUUUUAUGAAAAAGCACAUUGAAAUGCAAUUCGUCUGUUUUUUAUACUUGAAUAGGAAUUAAUGUGAUACUCUUCUGUUUUUAAUUUUAUGAUUAUGUUGGAGUUUGAUAUUUUUUUUAAACAAUUAACAAAGUGCAAGAUAUUAAUAAUGAACUGAAGCAAUAACAUUAUUAUUUCCACAACCACAGUUUUUCAUGUGAAAAGGAGUUUUUUUAGAAUAAAAAUGUAAAUAACUUCAACAUUAUCAUAAAGCAUGAUCCAGACAUAUGUUGCGAUUCCACCUGUUUUUUUAAAUUAAAUAUUACAAUUUCUUGUUGGUACUAUUUCCGUCUUGAGUGCCAUACUUCGAGUGUGAAAGUGUCAAUGUGGCUUUAAUUUAAAUCUUUCUUUGUUAUUUUUUGUUGCACUAUAACAAUAAUUCAGAAUUCGAAGGUGGGUACAGUCAGUCUUAGAAAUGAAAUGGAGUAUAUAAAAAACUACUGCAUAUUUGUCAAAUAAAACGCAAUACUUUGCAAAUAUUUUUUUUAUAUGAUAUAAAUAAAUAACAAUUGAGAUUUGAUAUAAAUGGACGUAGUUUGCGGUGGUUGACUGUACCCUCUUAACUUUGGUAGCUAAAAUAGUUCUUCUUUAAGUUACUUAUAAUGCAAAAAUAUAAUAUACCAGUCCAGUUCACACAACGAAGUGUAAAAUCUUUAAUUUUAUUUUAAUUUUAAAGCACUACAUUCAAUUAUAUUCCACCAAUGAAAGAAACUUUUUUUUUAUUCAAUGAAAAUUAUUAUUUUUUUGUAAAAGAGGUGCUUAAAAUAGUUUUUAUUCUAGCAGUGUAGUCUUAGCACAAUUUUCACGGGAUUUGAUCCCAAAACUUGUUUACAGGUUCUUUUUUACUUCGUUCUAAGUUAUCUUUUUUCAAAAAUGCUUUGCUUAUUUAAACUUUCUUUGAGUUGAGAUAUUGUUAGGUAUACUUAUAUAUUUAUUAUUUUUUUUCCUUUACGAAUUGUUAUCAAAGAUUGUAAGAACAAUGAUAGUAAGCGCCGCUAAAUUUAGUCUUGCCUAAUUUAUAAAUGAUAAUACAGAAGAUUCGAAAGGUUGCAAUAAAGUAAUAAUUUAAUGAAUUAUGAACCCUAUAUCAUUUUAUUAAAAAUUUAUAAUCGUCUAAAAAUAUUGUAACGUCGGUGUUUAUGUAAAAAUCAUAAAUAAAUGACUGGUGUAUAAUAAAUAACAGUUUUUUUUAAUACAAUUGCGUGGUAAAUUAUAAUUAUUAAAUAUUUGUAUGUAUAAUAUUAUAGACGUCUAGAAACCAAAUACUAAUGUGUAUAAAUAUUUUUGUUAUAUUUUUUUUUGUCGUUCAAUAAUUAAUUUUAGUUUAGCAUUAGUUGUUAGAAUUCAAUGUGUGAUUUGAAUUAAUUUGAUAAGUAACUAAGUCAUAAAUUUUUUGGGAACAAACCCUACUAUUGUCUUUAUGGGAGAAAUAAUUUGAAUGACACAUUAAAUUUGUGACAAGCCGUUUGGGAAUGUAUUUAUGUAAAGAGCUCCCUGGUUAUAGGUAAAAACUAAAUGAACAGAAUUCUAAAUGUUAAGAAACACCUACAUACGACUAUACUGUGCCAAGGACAAUAUAUUUCCUUUUUAAAGGACCCGUAGAGAAAUGAAAACCUCUUUUCUGUCACGCGAGUCGAUAAUGUCUUACCUGUAACCAGAAAGCUUGCAAACGUUUCAUAAGUUAAUUUUAAAAAGAGAUAUAUAUUUUUAUAUCGUAGUAUUGGUUUUUACACAUUUUUUGCUAAGCAUGUACGUUAGUUGGUGCACAACUGAUUUUGAUAUACAUAUUUACAAUGAUUUUAUAUCGAUUUAGCUUAUAAAGUAAUCAGUAGAGAGAGAUGUUUUACAAUAAAUUGUUUUUAUCAGCUUUAUAAUUAGGAAAAUGAUGUUUAAGUAAAUGUUUAUAGAAAAAAUCAGAUUGGUCAAGUUCUGGUAAUAUUUUGCCUGCUAACUGAUCAAUUUUACUGAAGUAAAUUAAUCAAAUUAUGUAUAAACAUGUUUAAAGGAAUCAACAUUAUUUAUUUUUUUGCAAUUGCAUUGAUUUUGUAGUCGAUAACAGUAUUUUGUUGUGUUGUGACCUCAUGCAGUAUAUUACUCGUAAUAUAACAACUUAUGAUUAUUUACAACCUUAUUAUAAUUUACUCAAUUUAAUUUCAAUGCAAUAGUUCCGAUUUACGUACAUAUUAUGUAUCUAUGUACAGCUUAAUUAUAAUUGGUGUGAAAUCUAGUUAUUACGUGGCAACACAGCGCAAAAACUUUAGUGUUGCCAUAUAAAAAGAGAAAAAAAGUACCACAAAUUUUGAAAAUUGUAAAUAAAUUGUUUUUUUUUUUUUUUUUUUAUUGUGAGCUCGCUUGGUGUAUGAAAUAGAUUUUUUCCAGUUUUGGGAGCCCCAUAUGGGUUUUUGGCCCUGUAGAAAUGGCGUCACUGAUUACAGGUGCAAUAUUGUAAGAGGAGCUUUAACUUGAGGCGGUCUAUCGCCCUAACCUACUAAACUGAGAACUGUUGUCCAGCUAAUUAUUGUAUUUGUAAAAUAAAUCAUUGUAACAUA